ACGGACCAAUAUUCAUUUGCCAAAAAGAAAUACAAAGUUAAAGAAUAACUUUUGGUUUUUCUACAUUGCUUUAUUAAAUUAAAGUGAACUAUAAUGCAGCAUUGUAAAAACUAUUUCUCCUUUAUUCAAUACCUAAACACUACCAUUACUAUUCUUUUCCUAUCAUUCUCCAUUUCUAAUCCCAAAAAUGGAUGUCAUCGGAACAGUGAUGUCUGUUUCACAAACUCUCCUUGCAGCCCUACAAUGUCCAGAACUCAAAAAGAUUCUCUCAAUCUAUGGCUAUGAAUCCCAACUCCAUGAUCUCGAACGCACAGUCCGCAUAAUCAAGGCUGUCUUUCGCGAUGCAGAGGCGAAGCAAGAACUCUCUGAAGUCGAAAACCAACUGAUCGAAGACCUAAAAGAUUCUGUCUUUGAAGCUGAUGAUUUGCUCGACGAGUUUGUCACUCUUGCUGAGAAGAAACAACACUUGAAAUCUGAUGGUAGUCUGUCCAAAAAGACGCGUCACUUUAUUUCUCAAUUGAACCCAGUUGGCAUUGCUUAUAAAAUGUCUAAAGGGGUUAAGAAGAUUAGGAAGAAGUUGGAUGGUAUUGCUUAUAACAAGCAGUUUUGCUUUGAACAUGAUCCUGAACCUAUUAGAAAGAGAAGGAUUGAGACUUGCUCUUAUGUAGAUGUGGAUGGUAUUAUUGGGAGAGAAAGGGAGUUAGAAGAGAUUAUUGGUAUGCUGUUUAAUCAUACUAUUAAUGUUCAAUGUAAUGUUUCUUUCCUUGGUAUUGUGGGGAUUGGAGGAUUGGGUAAAACUGCGCUUGCGCAACUUGUGUAUAAUGAUCCAAGGGUUAUUAGUAGUUUUGGGUUGAGGUUGUGGACUUGUGUCUCUGAUCAAGAUCAAAAUCGAUUAGAUGUGGGUGAGGUUCUUAGGAAGAUAUUGGGUUCGGUCAAUAAAGAGAAUCAGGAUCGGGGUUCUAGCUUGGAUCGUGUGCAGGGCCAACUCCGGGAAGAGCUAGCAGGAAAAAAAUACUUGCUUGUUUUAGAUGAUGUGUGGACUGAAAGGCGCGAGCAAUGGUGUGAUUUGAUUCAAUACUUGAAUGGUUGUCAGAAAGGAAGUUGGAUUGUGGUAACUACACGUUCUCAGAAGACUGCAUCAAUGUUAGGUGGCCUAACGUAUGAGUUGCAAGGCUUAUCGAAGGAAAAUUCGUGGCGAUUGUUUGAAAGGGCUGCUUUCGGACCAUAUAAUUGUAGCCCCCCGAAUGAUGCCUUGGUCGAAAUUGGGCGAAAAAUUGUUGAUGGGUGUGCUAGAGUUCCUCUUGCGAUACGAGUGGUUGGAAGUUUUCUUUAUGGUCAAGAGAAGAGUAAAUGGGAAUCGAUUCAAAAGCGUGGAUUAGCAAACAUUAAGGAGAACGAAGAUGACAUAAUGUCGAUUUUAGAACUAAGUUAUCAUCAUCUCGAGUCCCCAUUGAAGAGUUGCUUUAGUUAUUGUGCAUUGUUUCCUAAGGAUUUUAUCAUACGAAAAGAAAUGUUGAUAAGGCUUUGGAUGGCUCAAGGUUAUAUUGUUUCAUUAGACAAAGGUGUGAGUAACCUUGAAGAAAUUGGGGAGGAAUACUUUUUGAUAUUGUUGAGAAGGUGUUUUUUCCAAGAUAUUUGGAAAAAUUCAAUGGGUGACAUUGAAUCAUUUAAAAUACAUGAUCUCAUGCAUGAUCUUGCUCAAAGGAUUUCGAGGAAGGAGAUUAGCACAUCAAGUGAUAUUAGUGGCGAGCUAGAUAAAAGGAUACGCCAUGUCUCAACUUCUAGCAACAAUGAAUAUGGCAACUCAUUGAGCAAGACCCAUAUUCGUUCGUAUGUUCGUUUCAAUAUAUACGAUAAUGUUGAAUCAUUGAAGGUAGAUGAGUCAUUUGUGGAGAAAUUAGUCAAAAAUUGUAGGUACCUUAGGGCAUUAGAUCUUAUUGGUUUACCAAUCAAAAGUUUGUCGAGCACCAUAUGUAAAUUGUUACAUCUAAGAUAUUUGAAUCUUUCAAACAAUAAGAAUUUAGAAGUUCUUCCUAAGUCAAUAACAAAACUACUUAAUCUACAAACCUUAAAGUUAGAUAGGUGUACAAAUUUAAAAGAACUCCCAAAAGAUUUGAGUAGGUUGAUCAAGCUAAGGUUCUUAGACAUAUCACAUUGUUCUAGCUUGAGUUACAUGCCCAUGGGCAUGGAUAAAUUGACUUGUCUUCACAUACUAAGUAAUUACAUAGUUGGUGAUGAAGAGAGUUGUUCAAGUUGGAAGCAAUGUAUUAGAGGGUUGGAAGAACUAAAAGCUCUUAGUAAUAUCAAGGGUUCUCUUGAGAUCAAGAUAAUGUGUCCUAAAAGAGAUAAGAAUGUUGUUAAGGAGAUUUGUGAAAGAAAAGGAUUAUACUUGAAGAGUAAGGAACAUCUUAAUCACAUCGAGAUUGAUUUUGCCGAUGAAGAGAGCGAUGGAAGAUUGGAUGAUGAGGAAACAAUGGUUUUGAUGGAAAAUCUACACCCGCAUCCUAAUCUUAAGAUGUUAUUCGUGCGUGGAUACCAUGGUACAAGAAUGCCUGAUUGGGCGUCCUUAUUGCACAACCUUGUGAUUCUUAAGCUUCAUGAAUGUAAGGAGUUGGAGUACCUAGGAGACUUUAGAAGUGUAGAAGAAGUGUGUUUUUUCCCUUCACUUGAAGAACUUCACUUAGAAGAUUUACCAAAGUUGAGAGGAUGGAUAAGGGGUGGGGUAAGAGUGGAAGAUGGGAGUAGUAGUAGCAACUCACAAUUGCAAUUAGCACCCUAUUUUCCUCGAUUGAAGGAGUUGAAGAUAGAUAGAUGCCCUGAGCUAAAAUGGGUUCCCACAUGUCCUAACCUAGAGGUUUUGUUUUUAGAGGAACCCCAUAAGCGAGGAAUGAUAAACACCGAUAGGGAUGAUACAUUAGGAGAAGCUCCGAAAUUGAGGAAGAUGGAAACAACUAAUGUGACAUGGUUGAAAUCUCUACCCAUGGAGGCUUUUCAACGCCUUGAAUGGUUGCAUAUAAGGAACGACAAGGAGCUCGAGAGUUUGGGAGACAUUAGGGAGGUGUUUCGCGGGUGCUCUUUUUCUCUUAAAUAUCUUAAUAUUCAAUUUUGCCCGAAAUUAAAAAAUGUUGUUUUUCGAGGACUGGAGCAUCUCGUUGCCUUGGAGGAAUUAUACUUGGUAGAUUGUGUCGAUUUGAGUUUAUCAGAAGAAAAUGAGGGAGAGAUCGGUACUAAUGUUGGCAUGGGUAGGAUGAUACAUCUAUACAUUCUUCCCUCCCUCCGCGUGUUGCAAUUGUGGAAUCUCCCACAUAUAGUGAAUUUGCCAAACUGGAUGCAAUUCUUGCCCGCUCUCCAAAAACUUCAAAUUUGCUUUUGCCAUGGACUAAAAGCAAUGCCGAUUUGGAUGCCUAAACUCAAGUCACUCAAGCAACUUGAUGUUUCCUUCUGUUUGGAAAGCCUGGCGAGAAGAUGUCAAAACGAUCCACCAGGGGAGGACUGGCCUUACAUUCAACACAUCCCGAAAAUUCUAUUUGAGUUUUGUUUCUACUGAGUUACCCUACAGCUGCUCUAGCCAAUAAGUCAGUAGCCAGGCCGCUUGCUUUGAACAUGAGAGUGACAAUCUGAUCAUAAUAAUGCAGUGAUCUUAUGUGGGCUAAUGGUAGUCUUCAAUAUUCUGUAAAGGACACACAAGGGAAGUUGUGUGCAGUGCUCAUCACCAGGGCCGUUUCAAGCACAUAUACAAAGCUUCUCACAAUUCGGAUUAUAAAGUGGAUGCAACUAUGAAACAUACUUGCCUUAAGACUUAGCUGAUUUGAUAAAUAUCUUGCCAAUUUGAUGUGAUUUCUGUGUAUGAGUUUUCUUUAAUCGAUUCAAUUCAUACUUAAUUUCGGUUAGUCGGGUCAAAUUUAGACAUAUCUACAAAUGUCAUACUUCUAAAGAGUAAAUAAUUAAUAAGAAUAAUUUGCGAAUUACGGGUUUAAAGUUUAAGCAUUUUGCAAAUUACGGACUCAACGUUUUUUUUUGCGAAUUACGGUCAAAGUAUCAAUUUCGAUAGUGUUCAAGCCAAAUCACAUAAGUUCGAUCACUUAACCUAAAAUUUUGAUCACUAAAAUGGUCAGAAUGGUUUGGUUUGAUCUAAAUGUUAUAGACAUUUAUACUUUAAUGGUUAAAAUUCACAAAAAAUUAUUGAGUUGUGAUUUGUUUAAUACUGUAAUUUGUAAAUUUUUUAAAAUAUAAAGACAAAGAAUAAUGAGUUUUUUAAAGUUUUGUGUUUCUUACA